CAGCUGCGGACACCUGAUCUGUCUCAGGGCUCCACCUGAACAACAGGUGUCAGGUGCUGCUGCGUUCAGGUGCUGUGUGAAACCACAACGCUCAGAGUCAUCGUGUCUCUCACACACAAACACACACACACACACACACACACACACACACACACACACUUAUGGUCUCAGUGUUCAGCAGCCGGGGAUGAUCACAUUUACAGAAGCACCUGAAGGCAGCAUCCCACAGAUACAAUACCUGAUCAAAGAUGUUCUGUUCAAAAGACGAGUCACUGUUAGGUUUUUUUCUUCAAACAAAAAAUGUAAUAAAAAUUGAGCCAAACAGACGCCGACACUCAGAUGAUUAUUGAUCAGCGAUCGUUCGACGGAGCUGCUGUCGACGCGGAGUAAAAACAGCUGAUGAAGAGGAGGAGGAGGACGAAGACGUGUCUGAUGACGAUGUCUAUGAACUGUCGUGAAUAGUGCUCCUGUAAAUGUGAUGAUCCACUGACGUGAAGUUCCUCCAGUUUUCUCUGUCUUUGUUUGAUCUGUUUCACCGGGACAGUUGUUUCGUGUCGGGGGGCGGAGAUGCCGGUUCAGGUCCCGGACGACUCGGACUUCUCGUCGUUCAAAGAUCAGUGUCUGAGCAGCGACGGGUGGACGAGCCGCUACAGCAGAGGAGGAGUGACGGUGUGGUGCCGGGGGGAGGAGGGCCACAACGUCCAGACCCUCAAGAUGAGGAUCGUGUGUAAAGACGUGAUGGCGGAGACGCUGUACGACGUCCUCCAUGACACCAGCUACCGCAGGAAGUGGGACACCAACAUGAUCGACACGUACGACAUCGGGCGACUGACGGUCAACACAGACGUCGGAUAUUACUCCUGGAAAUGUCCGACUCCUCUGAAGAACAGAGACUUUGUGACGAUGAGGUCGUGGCUUCCUCUGGGCAGCGACUUCCUGAUCAUCAACUACUCGGUCAAACACCCGAAACAUCCUCCGAAGAAGGAGUUUGUCCGAGCUGUGUCUCUGCUCACCGGGUACCUGAUCCAGUCCAACGGAACCAACGGCUCCACCCUCUACUACCUGACCCAGGUGGACCCCAAAGGCCAUGAGGAAGAUCUACAAGGCGUCUCUGAAGUAUCCCGAGUGGAAGAGGAAGCACAACCCCGGCCUGAAGCCGUGGAUGUUCCCGGAGCAGAACACGCUGCCGUGCAUCAGCGCCUCAGAGCUGACGGUGCAGCGAGCCGACUCGCUGGAGAACAUCGACGAGAGCGGCGUGAGCGAGGAGAAGACGCAUCACAGCGACGACGAGGAAACUUAAACCUCCCACGGACUCGACAGCACCACGACUCCUCUCUGCUUUACUCUGUUUGUUGGUUUGUUUGACGAGAUAAACUUUAUUGGUCGGUGUAUGUUGUGUCGCACACGAAAAACCUUAAGCUUCUGUGACGUGGAUCCUCAGUCCGACGAUCAUUUAUAAUCAUUUAUAAUCACGUGUUUCAUAUUAACAUGAAAUCAGGUUUUAAAUAUCAGGAUUGUCAGUCGACGUGACGACCGGCGUCUGGAUCCACCUCACACAUACUUACUAAAUAAAAUAAAAUAUCUAAGAAAUAAACUAAAGGUCUGAUCACAUGAUCACAUGAGACACUGGUGAAGGUGCUGUGUGAGGCUGCAGCUCCCCCAAGUGGACACAUCACAUUACUACAACCUGAACCAGGUAACGGUCGCCCCCUACAGGUGGAACCAGAGUGUGACCUCAGACCAGACGUCACUGUGACCUUUAACCAAUAAAGUUUUUUUUUCAUCUGUGCAGCUGCUGUGAUCUUCUGGAAACUGAAAUAAAAAUGUAGUUUUCA